AUGUCCGCCCUCUUCGACACCCACUCACGACAACAAUCUCCAAAUCUCGACCCAAACGCCAUCGAGCUCGCAAACCGUAGCCACCAUGCGGCUUUCGCUGGCCAAGAAUCAGACCCCGAAACCCUUCGAGCAGCCGGCGGCACGCCUCCACCCGAUGACAUCGACCCAGCCACCAUCGCCCUGGUAGAAGACGUCCCGCCAGACGGCGGCUACGGAUGGGUGGUCACCUUGGCAGUGUUCCUCAUCAACGUCAACACCUGGGGCAUCAACAGUGCCUGGGGAAUUUUCAUGGAGCAGUAUAUCCGUGAGAACACCUUCCCCGAGGCGAGUCAAUUCGAGUACGCGUUGAUCGGAGGCUUGUCCAUCUCGCUGGCUUUGAUCUUGGGGCCGAUUAUUAGUGCUCUUCAGAGGACGAUCGGGACACGGUACACGAUGGUGAUGGGGUCGUUGUUGAUCUUUGGGGGACUGUUCUCUGCGAGCGCAGCGAGUAGGGUGUGGCAUCUCUUUAUGUCAGUGGGGCUUUGCAUGGGGUUUGGGUUUGGGUUGCUAUAUAUCCCGGCUAUGGGCCUCCUCCCACCAUGGUUCUCCCGCCAUCGAAGCCUGGCUCUCGGCCUCGCAACGGCCGGAGCAGGCGGUGGCAUCGCCUGGAACCUCAUUACAGGCAAACUCCUCGAGGUUUCUGGGCUGAAAUGGACUUGGCGAAUCCUUGCACUUGUUUCCGUCGCUUUCAACAUCCUUUGCGCCUUCCUCUGCCGCGAGCGGCCCAUUGUCUCUCAUUCCACAGGGUCGUCGAAACGCCGAUCGUUCAACAUCCGUGACUUUGGCAGGACCCAAGUACUCCUUAUUCUCCUAUGGGGUUUUGUAACCGAGUUUGGCUACAUCUCUCUCUGGUACUCUCUCCCGAGUUAUGCAACCAGCAUCGGUCUCACUCCAGGCCAAGGAUCCGUGGUUAACGCUAUGUUGAGCUUGGGGGUGGGUAUUGGGCGCCCAAUUCUAGGCGCCCUAAGCGACCGCUUCGGCCGCAUCAACCUCGCCCUCCUCUGCUGCUGCUGCUGCGCCAUCCUCUGCCUAACGCUUUGGAUCCUCGCCCGCUCGUACGCCGGCCUGAUCAUCUUUGCCUUGGCCGCCGGUGCCGGAGGUGGUUGUUUCUGGGCCACCGUGAACCCCAUCCUGGCGGAAACCGUCAGUCUGGCCGAGAGCAGCGCUCUUUUCGGGACCAUCUGCUUCGCUUUGGUGAUUCCUACUACCUUUGGAGAGGCCAUUGCGCUGCAGCUUGUCAAGGGCGGAGAUGGUGUCAACAAGUUUAUGCCGGGCCAGAUAUUUGUCGGUUGCACAUUUUUGGGGGGUACCGCUCUGCUCAUGUUGCUUAGAAGCUGGCAGAUUUGCGAGAUUGAGAGGAAGACGGGUGAUGCGAGCGGUGGUCAGCAAGGGGAGGACCAUAGGAGGUCUGGAGACGAAAGCCGGACGGAUGAGAAUUUGGAAGAAGGGGUUAUGGCUUCCGGGAGAAGUGCUGGAGUGGCAGUUUUGGGCGAGCUGAGGAGCUCGGCUGCUGGGAUGUGGUCUCCCAGAAAGUUGUUCGUUGCCAGGAGGGUGUAG